UCCUCCCCUGGAUCUCAUCCUCCUCCUCUCCUCCUUUUCCCUCCUCCUCUCCUCCUUUCCCUCCUCCUCCCCUGGAUCUCAUCCUCCUCCUCUCCUCCUUUCCCUCCUCCUCCCCUGGAUCUCAUCCUCGCCUGUCAGACUCCCGGCGCGCUCACCCGGACUCCACGGCACCGGAGAGGACGGGAAGUGAAAUCAGUGCGUGGCGAGCAGAGGCGUAGAGGCGCAGGCGUGAUGCUCGGCUUUGGGUCAUUUACACUGGAUUCUACGGGCUCGGAGCCGAUUUGACGCCCGGUGUUGGUGGGAUCGGAGCGGACCCGGAGGGAGAGGGUCCGGAUUCCGGCCUCCGUUGGGCCUGAGAUGAGCGCACAGCCGACCAUGCUCCGUCCCAAGCUCCUCCCCUCCGCGUCUGCUGCCAGUUUCAGCCUGAACGCAUCGGACGACACCUCCCCCCCCUCCUCCCCCCUGUCUUCCCUUCACCACAACCUCUCUGCGCUGGUCACCCACGACCUCUCGCAGCCCCCCACCUCCUUCCCCACCUCCUCCCCGCUGACGCCCCCCAACUGCAGCGGCCCCCCGCCGUCGCCCUCGCCCCCGUACAACUUCUACGCGGUGCUGCUGGUGCUCCUCAUCUUCUGCGUGGUGUUCGGCAACGUGCUGGUGUGCGUGGCCGUGUCGCGGGAGCGCGCGCUGCAGACCACCACCAACUACCUCAUCGUGUCCCUGGCCGUGUCCGACCUGCUGCUGGCCACGCUGGUCAUGCCCUGGGGCGUCUACCUGGAGGUGGUGGGCGAGUGGCGCUUCAGCCUCAUCCACUGCGACAUCCUGCUCACGCUGGACGUCAUGAUGUGCACCGCCAGCAUCCUCAACCUCUGUGCCAUCAGCAUCGACAGGUACACAGCAGUGGCCAUGCCGAUGCUCUACAACACCCGAUACAGCUCCAGGAGGAGGGUGGCGGUGAUGAUCGCCGUCGUGUGGUUUCUUUCCUUCGCCAUCUCCUGCCCGCUGCUGUUUGGACUCAACAACACUGCCGGCCGCGAAGGCACCACUUGCAGCUUCGCCGACCCAGCCUUCGUGGUGUACUCGUCUGUGGCCUCCUUCUACGUCCCCUUCAUCGUGACGCUGCUGGUGUACGCGCAGAUCUGCGUGGUGCUGCGCAAACGGGGCAGACGCACGGCUCCGCCGCGCAGACGCCUGCGCAGCCGGGGCGGGGCCGAGGCCGGAGAGGGCCACCGGCACAGGAAGAACAAGUGCACGCAGCCAGAAGACGUGAAGCUGUGCACGCUGAUCCUGAGGCCGGCCUCCGCAGGCCCACAGCGCAAGAAAGUGCACCCUCGCCUUUGUUUGUCCCCCAACACCUACCUCCGUCACCCUCCGUCCUCCGUCUCUGAGUGUCCGACCCUGGUGAAGGAAGCGGCCGUUCACCCGCUGGAAGUGGCCUCGGGUCAGUUCCUCCCGCAGACCGAGCCCAUUCUGGCCCCCCCCACGGCCCCGCAGGCCUCCCCCCACCAGGGACAGCCCCGGAUAUCGCUGUCCAUCUCAGUGGGCCCCUCGCCAGCGCUUCCCUCCACUGUGGCACAGUCGGCCCUGAUGCCGCGCGCCGCCACCCUGGAGGACGGCAUGAGGGGCCGCGAGGGGUGGAGGGAGCGCAGCGCCGGCAAGGAGAGGUGGGGGAACACAAAGGAGAGGGUGAGAGGGAGGCUGUCGCAGCAGAAGGAGAGGAAGGCCACGCAGAUGCUCGCUAUCGUGCUCGGUGUGUUCAUCAUCUGCUGGCUGCCGUUCUUCCUGACCCACGUCCUGAAGGCCCACUGCAGCAGCUGCUGCAUCUCGCCCUCGCUGUACAGCGCCGUCACGUGGCUGGGUUACCUCAACAGCGCCGUCAACCCCGUCAUCUACACAACAUUCAACAUUGAGUUUCGCAAAGCCUUCAUCAAGAUCCUGCACUGCUGAGAGCUCAGGACAAAAACAAGCUGCUGGUUUGAGAUGAGACGUUGAGGCAGUGUUUGAUAAGAGGAGGGUGGGGAUGGACAGCGGAUUCAAGUCAAAUGUAGCAUCUGGAAAAUGUGCAGAAAGACAAAAAAGAGACAAACAAGCUGGAGAUGUUUGUGAAGAAGACGUGGUCUGUGUUGUGUACAGGGACAUAUGAGGAGGAUGUGAGACUGCUGUCAGUCAGGCUCUCCUUAUAUUUACUCUUAAUCUUCCUGUUUGUCUGCAUGUGCUUGUUUUUCCUCAAAAGACUGAAAUAAAUCAGAGCAAGGAAAAAACACAACUUCUAUGGAUCAGUCCAGCACAGACUUUUAAUUUUUUUACUUUCUUCACCCUGUCUGAUAAUCCACUGAAGUUACAUCAAAGUAGAAUUAUUGAUUUGGUGAUUGGGCGCACACACCAUACGGUCAGACAGCUGAGAAGCCAGACUGGAUCAGAUUCAAGUACUUUUCAGUAAAAGUCUGAUGUUGUGAUUUCACUGGACCUGAACUGGGAUCGAAACCACUAUUCACACUUUCUGUCAGUGUGCAUCGUAUUGAAGUCAAAUAAAAGCUUGAUCCUAAAGUUGAUUUUUGUUGCCCAACAUUCUUAAUCAACAACAUCUUCCAAGAAUGGAUGAAAGCGAAACUAGGAGCCGUUAUUAAUUGGCGUACGUUCGACUCCGUUCUGCGGCAGCACAGAGGGAGUGAAAGCACCAGGAGGCCGACUGGUAUUCAACACGAAAACAUGUGCAGAGUGAGGAAUUUAGAUGAGCAUUCAAACGCUGCUUCUUUUCAAUGUGGUUCAAAAAUUCUCCCCAAAAGGUUCAGGCAAGUUGUGUUGAAUAUGCAAAAGAUCCCCUGUCCCUGAAGAAACGGUCUUUAAAAUUCAAAACACACAAAGCGUUUCAUUCAUUUUACGCCGUUAGCUCCGGAAGAGAUUUGGCUUAACUUCAUGAGUUUGACUGCUUUAAACUGUCCAACUGUUGAAAUCCACUUUUGAAUGUAGUAAUGCGAUAUUGUAGUUGACCUUGAACACGGACAGCCUGCAUCACCGCUCCCUCGAGGUGGCGUCACCUUCAAUCCACCAGAAGGUCUGAAGGCCCCAGGAGGCGAUAGAAGAUUCGCUUUGGUGUCUGUGACUGUGCUGCGACUGUGUGUCCUCGCAGCAAACUCCAGGAUGUGCCUCUUCACAACGGAUAAAAAGCCAUGAAAGCGCCUGCACCUGAAGGACGGCUGUGGCAAAGCUGAGCUAAAAGCUGUUCCCUCAGGGAGUCACAGGGAGGCGACGCCCAAUGUGCACGAAACAAGUAGCUUCACCUGAGUUAGCACCAAACGCGUUCAUCUGUUCAUUUACACAGUGGAGGAUGUAACUUGUCCAUCUAAUGUUUCUAAUGUUAUAGGAGGAGAAUUCGAUACUUGAUACCUGCAAUAAAAUAUUAUUUAAAACACUCAAA